AUUGCGUCAUGCCUCCGGAAAAGGCCAUUGUGUCGGCCCUUUUGGAGGGAGCAGUGUCUGAGCGGCGCAGUUGGUCAACAUUACAGUGAGAGCAGCAUUGACAAAGAUGGCUGUGAGUUUGCCUCCGGGUGGUGUGAACCUAGAGUCGCAGCUUUUGUCCAUAAUGGACGCGCUGGUGAAGGCAGCAGCAGCGGAGAUCAGUCAGCUUUUCUGUGAGAGCUCUGCGGAGCUGCGCCUGCACUUAACCCAGAGCCUACGGGAAAACGACAGUCUGCGGACACGCGUGAAGCUCAUGAGGAGCGAGAUCUUCUCCUUGAAGCUGCAGGCCCGAGCUGCACGACCCUCCAGCCGCUUUGGAGUCCUGCGAGCAAACACCCCCAAACCACGAGUUAAAGCACAAGAUGUCUCCACUCCUGCAGUUUCAGAGGACCAAACUACCUACACUGUCGCUGAAAAGAAAACAGCUGUGGACUGUCCUGAUGUCAUUUUGAUCAAAGAUGAGGAUGAGUCUGAAGAAGUUACUGCUGGUGACAAUGGACCUGGCAGCACAAAGAUGGAGAAUGAAAAUACUGUGGACCUCCAAAGUCAAGCACAGGAAGCUUUCAUAAACCAGAGUGACACUUUUUACAACACGUCUGACCAUUUGGCCUUUACCUCUAUACCUACCAUGCAAACGGCUUCUCAUGACCUAACAACUAACGAUAUGCGAAUAACAGUGCAUAAUGACAUUUUUGGAAUGCCAGUUACCAACCAAAUGGAAAGAACACCAAUUAUCCAAAAUGUUACCUCAAUAGCAAUGAACCACCAGGACAUGGGUGCCGGUAGUGAAGGCAGCUCCAGUAGUCCUGUCCCAAAGCAAAAGUCUAUUCACAAAAUGUUGCCCUGCACCAUCUGCUGGGCUAAAUUCAGUACUCGUAGUGAACUGAACACACAUCGUGCCAGUCAUACAGGUGGCUCUCCCAUCACUUGUCACAUGUGUGGUAAGGUAUUUGUUAGCAAGAACACUUUAGGAAUCCACAUGCGAAUCCACACAGGAGAAAAACCCUAUGUCUGUCUGCUCUGUGGGAAACGCUUCACACAAAAUGGUGGUCUCCGGAUUCAUUUAAGAACGCAUUCAGGAGAGAAACCUUUCAGCUGUUCAGUGUGCCACACCAGCUUCAACAACCCCAGCAACCUCCGCCGACAUAAGAUCACGCACAACACUGUUUAGUAUGUUCAAGUAUCACUAUUGACUUUUAUAUUUAUGCUGCCUUUCAUACAGGAAUACCAUAAUUGUGAAGUUGUUGUUUUGGUUCUUUAUUACGUAGACUGUUACUUUUGUUGUUCCACUUUAAACUUUUGUAUUAAUACGUUUAUCAAUUCUGAAAACCUUUUAUAAUAUAUAAAAUAAAUACUGUUUAUAAUUUUAUGGUA